UCACUUUCCGGCAGUGUGGCGGAUCCUGGCCUUCCGGUGCCCUCCCGGGCCUUGGGUUACGGGGAGGUGAAGGGUUCGAGUCCCGCCUGAGGGAUGAGCCUGUUCGACCUUUUUCGGGGCUUUUUCGGAUUCCCGGGGCCUCAGAGACCCAGGGAUCCUUUCUUUGGAGGGAUGACUAGAGAAGAUGAUGAUGAAGAUGAGGAGGAAGAAGGAGGAGGAGGUGCCUGGGGUCCCCGGUUUGGAAGCCCCAGGUCCCCCGAAGACUUCACUUUUGGCUUUAGUUUUGGCCUUGAAGACGAGAUGCGUUUCCACGAUAACUUUGGCUUUGACGAACUGAUUCGGGAUUUCAAUCGUAUUUUCGGAGACCUGGGGGCCUGGACCCUGCCCUCCCGCCCCCCUGAGCUCCCGGGCCCAGAGCCAGAGGCCCCAAACGAGAGGCACAGGGAGGGGGAAACCAUCCGGGAUUCGAUGCUCAAGUAUCCAGACAGUCACCGGGCUAGGAUUUUCAGCCGGGACUCGGAGAGUGAUCUGGGGCAGCCAUCUCCCAAAGUAGUCCCAGACUGGGACUCCAAGAGGCCUUUUCCUGGGUUUGAUGACAUGUGGCCAGUGACCUCUGAUACUGCAACUAGAGAGGACAGGGAUCUUGAUUCCCAGGUCUCACAGGAGGGCCUGGGUCAAGUCCUACAGCCCCAGCCUAAAUCGUACUUCAGAAGUGUCUCCGUUACUAAAAUCACUGGACCAGAUGGGUGGGGUGACCCACAGACGGUGGAGGAGCGACGCACUGUUGUGGAUAGUGAGGGCCACAAAGAAACCACGGUAACCCGUCGAGAAGCAGAUGGCAGUUCUAGAGAUGAUUCAGGCACCCCACGGCCUCCAGACUUAGGGGACAGCUCUUCCAUCCUGGAUUCAUUCCUAAGACGAUGGUUCCGGUUUUGGUAGCCCAAGUUGACUUCAUGGAGGACUCCAUCCCUCCCCUCCUCACCCCACUCAUUACCAUCUGGGGUUCCUGACAUCACUAGCUGGCUCAGCUGCUCUUCCUGCCACAGUGAGGGCACUGGGGGGGGGGGGAGGUAAGGAAUGUGACAGGUAAAGGAAAAGGUACCCUCCACUCUUUCCCCCCACCCCUUGCCCCCCAAAAUAAAAUCUUUAUUUAUGCUAUUGC